AUGGCGACACCGGACGAGACGGCGGAAACGGCGGAAACGGCGGGACCUGAACGUGACGACGGUGACGGGGACGCGAUGGAUGUCGGCCAGCCAGACGACGAGGUGGAUGCGAGUGGAGAGCAGCAAGAAGAACAAGAAGAACAAGAAGAACAAGAAGAACAAGAGCAGCAGCAGGAAGAGGCACCGCGGCCGGGACCACGGGCGACGCGGCUGCAGGAUCUCUUUGGCACGACGCUGGCACACACGCUGGCGCGCGUGAGCUGGGACGACUUCGCGGCCUGCUAUCCGACAGCGGCGACCCGCAGUCCGGCAGCCCUGCGAACGGUCCACGGGGCCAUGGUGCGGCGGCUGGGCGAGCUGUGUGCGGCCGAGUUUGGCGUCGUCAUGCGGCAGCGCCAGGUGGUUCAGCGGCUGAACGAGCUGGAGGCGCUCGGCCGGGCCGCUCGACAGCGGCGGCUCGCACAGCCUUCACAGCCACCCCAACCACCACGACCGCCGCACACGCUUCCCCCGGCCGUCGUCCUCGACGCCCAUCUCGCUCCCCAGAGACGCGUCCAGGCUGCCGAUCUGGCCGCUCGCCUGCGCGCCUCCCACCAGACCAACGCGGCUCGCUUCGCCCGCCUCGCUGCUCAGCAGGCCGAGGCCGAUCGGCUCGCCAGUACCCUCGAACGCGCCCUCGCCGACGCUGACGCUGCUGCCUCCCUGCUCGACCACCGCGGAUCCGACGACGCUGCUCUGCUCGCUGAGCUCGCACGCGAGACGCGCACUGCUGAGGCCGAGAUGACGGGCGUCUAG